GAGUGUCCGUCUGGUGUCUGGAAUUAGAGAGCGAAGAAGAAACUUGACGAAAGUAGGAAACAGAGCAAGAGAAAAAAAACCAACACGGGCUGUUUGCUGUCUGGCAACAAGGUUACACGUUUUUCUCAGAGGUACUAACGGCACUCGGUUUGUUUGAAUCGCACACUGUAAGAAAAUGUACUAAGAAGCAAGACUGAAGCAGCCCCCACAGGAGGAGGACACACGCUAACAACAGCUAGUCCAGGACAUCAUGGGAGCGCCAUAAAAAUGUUUUGACAUAAGUGACUGUGGACCAGAGUCUUGUUUGAGGAUCCUUGGUCUCAUUAGACUUUGGGACUUUUGAGGCUGAUUAUGGAUUUAGGAAAUCCUCUUCCAUGAAACUCGACAGAUUUUGAAUCUGAAAACACAAGAAACAUGGAGAAAGAAGCAGCUGACAAAGAGAUGGAUGACGAGGAGGUUUCUAGCAAUUUUGCCCCAGAAACUAUUUUUUAUCAGCGGCAUGCCAGAGAGACAGAAGGGUACACUCAGGAGGACGGAGACACCUAUCUCAAAUCUCAGGAACCAAAUCUAGUCGUCCAGGAAGACUCAGAAGCUGAUGAGGAAGAGGAGUUUGGAUCCACUGAGGCUAAACAGGAUGCUGAGGAGGUUCUGGAUGAGUUUGAGCAUGGUGGGUGCGAAGAGCACGAGAACUCGCAGGUUAUAAAUCAAGAAGAGGAUGAAGCCGCAAAGGAGCGGCACAUGAAUGGAGAGUCUGUCUGGAGAAGCAUCGGAGGUGGAAAGAGGUGCAAGUUAAAAAGUGGAUCAGUGUUUGAGCAGAGUGGCCAGAGUGCGUUUUCCUCCCUUCAGAGAGGCAGUGUUAUGCCAGGUGGUGGUCGGCACAAGCAGACUCGCAGACGCAACCAUCACCACCAUCAGCAGAGCCGUGGUCGCCGGCGAACCGGAAACCAACUUUUCUUAGCUUUUAAAGAGAUGCUGUCAGAGUCUCUGAGCUUCUGGUGCAUCUCAUGCAUCCACAUGUUCAUCGAGAUCAUCGUGACAUUAACGCACAACUGUGGAGUUGGAGUGGAGGCUGGAGUCAUGAAACUGUACAACUUUGGGCUGCAGCUGCUUGUAAAGAUCACUGAUAUACCUGGGAUGAAGGCAGAUGUCAGUCAGAUUUUAAAACGGAUCAAAUGCACAGGAGCUGACCUAGUGGAUAGGACUGCGAGAUGCGUCAAGUGGACAAAGUCGGCUGUCUUAACUUGUUUCAGACUUUUCUGCGCUUUUGCUAUGCUUAGCUUCCAGUGGGGAAAGCGUGUGUUACUCCGUGCUGGGGGGGAAAGAGGGAAGCGCUGUUGGACGGCUUUUCAGGAGUCAAGGUUUUGGAAAAGGCUGUUGUCUGUGCUGGACAGAGUCCAGACGAGGUUCAGUAGAAGCGGUUACACCUCGACACACUCGCCUGAGUCGCCCGGCAGAGCAGGAAGAGGUGAGCCGGGCCAGGAGUUAGAAAGACUGUUGGCCUUGGCUGAAGUCCCAGAGGGUGAGCUUGACCCUUUCACGGUGCUCGGUGUGGAGGUCCAUGCCACAGAGACGGAGCUGAAGAAGGCCUACAGACAGCUGGCUGUCCAGGUCCACCCAGACAAGAACAAACACCCACGAGCUGGAGAGGCAUUCAAGGUUCUGAGGGCAGCCUGGGAUAUCGUCAGCAACCCUGAAACACGACGAGAGUAUGAGCUAAAGCGCAUGGCCGCAACCGAGCUUUCCAAGUCCAUGAACGAGUUUCUCACCAAGCUCCAGGAUGACCUGAAGGAAGCUAUGAACACCAUGAUGUGCACCAAGUGUGAAGGCAAACACAAGCGUUUCGAGAUGGAUCGUGAACUUGCUGAAGCUCGCUUCUGUGCUGAAUGCAACUGCUGCCAUAGCGCAGAGGAGGGAGACCUGUGGGCCGAGUCGAGCAUGUUGGGCUUACGAAUCACGUACUUCGCUUGUAUGGAAGGAAAGGUGUAUGAUAUUACAGAGUGGGCAGGCUGCCAAAGAAUAAGCAUCUCCCCCGACACCCACCGCGUCCCGUACCACAUCUCCUUUGGUUCAAAGAACAACAGCAACUCCAUGCGACACAGGACCCCCUCGGAGCACGCCACCGGGCCUUCCAACCCGGCCGACCUGCAAGACUUCUUUAACAGAAUGUUUAAGGGCGGACCUCCGACUGACAUGACGGCCAACGGGAGCUUCUUCCCUUCGGGUUCGCCACCUCAUCACCCCCCCGGAGCAGGAGCGAACCCCUUCCCCCCUCCUCCUGGUCAGACCGGCUUCUACAUGCCGGGGGGACAGCGCCCAGACUCCAGCGAGACGUGGGCUGAAAGUGGCAAACCUCCUAGGAGGAGGAAGAAGGUCCGCAAACCCUUCCAGAGGUGAAGUCUAUUUAUCCGUGUGUCAAAACAACAACGCAGGGACACAAUAAACCACGGCCAUGUUUGUCUCUCGCCGGCCCGUUGGCAUGCCAGGAUGUGAAAGGGAGAAGGGUAAAAGGCUGCUCUCAGAUCAGCCAGAGCAGAAAGAGACUGGGUCAUACAGACGAGCCAUUUGAGUGAAUCUAAGCACUUGAAGCUGACGAAGUGACGGUGCUUUAACUUUCAUUUCACCUUAAUCUGUUGUUGGUCUUAAAGAUGACUGUAGCCUUUAAAACUCAAGUCCUAACAAUGCUGUAAGGAAACAUUUGAACUUUUCAUCAUUUCCUGCCAAAUCCACCGUUGCAUGAUUUAUUUAGCUUUUUAUUUUACGCUUUGGUCUACUCAUUUUUUAAUUUCAGGUGUGAGAGAAGGCUCAUAGUCAGGAGUUAUUGAUCAGUGACUGAGAAAUGAAGAUGAGAAUCUGGGCAGCUUGUGUGUGUGUGUGUGUCUGCUUCUGAAGCACUGCCUCCAUCUUUGAUUUAUUAGGAAAUGACCCAAGCCAGCCCAAUGGGACAAAUCUACCACACCAACAGAUCUCAGAUCAGUUCUACAUCUGUUUCUUUGGUGACAUUUGUUGAUUGAUGUAGCUAAAUCAGCUUUUCCAGCUUUUAUGGGAUCUGUCAGAAACAUGUCGGUAAAUAAAACUAAAAGUUGUUGACAGGCUUGAAAACAAAUUCAAAGUUUUCCUACAUUUUUCUAAAAUCUAAUUUGUUGCACAAUAUUUUAUACAAAGGAUAAUAACUGUAAGCCAUCCUGGGUGUUAUUACCCAUAAAACUACAUUCUCCAGUUUGGUUUCUUAUCAUUUUGCACUUUUAUUUAAAUACCGUUAAUGCGGUUAAGAUUUUACAGGUUUACGUUAAAUCUAAUUUAAAUAAAAGAAAACCGUGGCCAGUGUUAGUUGCUGGUGAAAACAUGAAGAAUUAGCAGACAUUUAACUAAAACUUUCAUUGAACCUGCAGCUUAAGUAAAGAAGCGCCUUUAUUGUUUACGUUUGGCUUAAGGAUUGUGUGAAGUGUUUCAUAAAGGGUAUUUUUAUAUAUUGGCAUUAGAAGCUUUCUUCAGUAUUUUUUUAUUUUGGUCUUAAUUUGCACACCCACCACUGCUAUCACACCAGAGGGAUCUUGAACGGUCAUUAGUGAUUUAGCCGGACUCCUCCAGCUGCAGCUGAGUAGGAGGUGUAGCUCCCUAAACUAGCAGCUCUCUCACAAAUUAGGAUAUGUUUGUUUUUGAAACCAAAAAAGUAUCUUCAGCCUCAGAAGAAAUACGGUGACUUUUUUUAAAGACACAACGUGAGGAGGAGCUGAUUUCAACAAAUGCCGUAUGUAGUUAUUUACUAGUUGUAGUUAAAAUAAAGAAUCUACCCCAAACAUUGCUCUACGAUGAUCCAUAAAUAUCGUUUUUUGUGCACGUUGCGUUCAGCCAUGUUCUCACUCGUUCAGGAAGCGGAGCGUCCACGUCAUCCUUCGUGUUCAGCUGUUUUCAACAGUGUGUGGCUUGAGAAUGUGGAGUGCUGUUUGUUUAAAGGUAGCAGUUCAGAGUUCAAGAAAUGAGUGAAAGUGAUCAUAUUGCAAAAGUGUUUCUUUUAACAAAAUAUGCAUACUUAUGGCAAAAAGAGAAUAUCUGACAAUCAUCAGGGUUUUUGUAGAGAAAUGCAAAGUGAGUGAUUGAAGUUUUAAAACCACUGUUGGAUUUGUUUCCCCUGCUUUUCAAAAUAAAAACGAGUUCCUUUGUC